CCCAGGUCUGCCCGGUCUGAUGGGACCGGACGGUCUAGAUGGAUGCAACGGGACCGACGGACGUGCCGGAGCACCGGGAAUGCCCGGUACCUAUGGUGAACGUGGCCUGGUGGGUCCGAUGGGAGACGACGGCCCCCCUGGCGAACCCGGUGACGGUGGCAUCAACUCCGUAGGCGCGAAAGGUAUCCGAGGAGAUCCUGGCGUCGAUGGGCCAAUGGGUUACGAAGGGCCGCCCGGAUACACCGGCGAGAUGGGCUAUCCGGGAGAUACAGGCGACAUGGGAUUGCCUGGUGCACCGGGAUUGCCAGGUCUGCAAGGUGAACCCGGUGAACCGCGGUAUGGCCGCAAGGGUGAGCCGGGUUAUCAGGGUGAUAGGGGCGAGCCGGGAACAGCGACUAGACCGGAGUAUAAGAAGACGGGCGCGACUACGCCGGUGAAGGGUGACAAAGGUGCGAAGGGACAGCACGGUGACACGGGAGAUAGGGGGAGGAAGGGAGAAUACGGCGCCAGAGGCCCUCCGGGUCGAGCAGGAUUUCCCGGUAUUAAAGGUACGAAAGGAGAGCAAGGCGGUGAUGGACCGAGGGGUAAACAGGGUGCUGAGGGUCCAUCGGGACCACCGGGAGAAAAGGGAGAGAAAGGAGCUCCAGGAUACGCUGGUAAUCCGGGACCAGACGGACCAGACGGAGAGGAGGGAGAGCCAGGGAAUCGAGGCCCUCCUGGUAGACAAGGAGCUGCUGGCGAGCCUGGAAUAUACGUACCGGAACUGGACGAAAUUAUUCAAGGGAACAUUGGGAUACAAGGAGACUUAGGUCCACCUGGUAAACCUGGAGAACCAGGAACGCCAGGUCGGCCUGGUAACGUAGGAUACAUCGGCCCACCAGGUCCUCCAGGACCAGCCGGCUCUCCUGGAUUACCAGGAGCGAAAGGAUCUUCCACAAAAGGAGAACCAGGAAUUGAUGGCCUUCCUGGAACAAUGGGAUCACCCGGUAUGCCAGGUGCAGCUGGUAUACCGGGACCAGUUGGACCGAAAGGAUUUCCUGGGGUAACGAUAAUUGGUCCACCGGGUUGGGAUGGUAAACCUGGAUACCCUGGAGUCUCUGGAUCACUUGGCGACCGCGGAGAUCCUGGUCCUCAAGGUCUAAAAGGAUUUCCCGGAAAGGGAAUAAGGAUUCGUGGUCCUCCUGGGGAACGCGGUUUACCAGGAAUCCCAGGACGUCCUGGUACCGAUGGAUAUCCAGGGAUACCAGGUCCCAAAGGUUUCCGAGGUCUAAAAGGAGAGGACUGUGGCAUUUGUCCGCCAGGACGACCAGGUGAAAAAGGUGAACGCGGUGAUGCUGGAGUGAACGGGUAUCCCGGAGCGCCAGGAUUUCCUGGAUUACCCGGACCUCGAGGAUUAAAGGGUGCACAGGGUAAACCUGGAACUCACGGGCCGCCGGGGUUGCAGGGUGACAGCGGGCGACCUGGAGUCGCCGGUCCUCAAGGACCUAAAGGGGAAAAGGGAAAAUUGCAUUUGCCUGAUGGAAGAUUGAUUGGAAAACCCGGUGACAUUGGCGACAAAGGAUAUCCUGGUCUGGAAGGAUUAAGUGGAGAACGUGGACCCCCUGGUCCACGCGGUGACGCCGGUGCGCCUGGACCUAAAGGAGAAAAGGGUGACUUUGGUCCUCCAGGAUUCCCAGGACGCGACGGAUAUCCGGGGUUGGAUGGCAUCCCAGGUGAGAAAGGUGACAAUGCAUGGACACCAAUCGAAUUUCUGCGGGGCGAUCCAGGCCAUCCGGGAAUUCCGGGACUGAAAGGUGCCCAGGGCGAUAAAGGAGCAAAAGGAGAACGCGGUAUUUCCUCGCAAUACAAUAUAGACCUGAAAGGAGAGAAAGGAUACAAAGGGGUACGGGGUGAACCAGGCCAGGAAGGUCGAAAGGGUGCUCAAGGAUGGCCAGGUGACGAAGGAUGGCCAGGAUUACCAGGACCUCGAGGAUCCCCUGGUAUUUCACCUCAAGGUCCAAUUGGUUUAAAGGGAUAUCCUGGUAUGCCCGGAGAUCAAGGUCCUCGCGGUACAUCUGGUGCGCCAGGAUCACAAGGACCAGUUGGCUUUCCGGGUCGUGCGGGCAACAAAGGUGAUCGAGGUGACCCAGGUUCGAAUCAAACAUAUGGCGAUUAUGGAUUCCCCGGAUGGGCUGGCGAGAAAGGAGACAUCGGCGAUGCUGGACCAUUGGGUAUCCGAGGUAGACCCGGAAUAGAUGGGUCAAAAGGUGUAAGAGGUGCCAAAGGUGCUCCCGGUUUAGCUGGAUUACCUGGGCUUCAGGGUGCCAAGGGUCAACGUGGCGACAGUAUUCAAGGACCUAGAGGCAUGCCUGGAUUACCGGGCGAGCCAGGAAUAUCUGGAAGAGUCGGAGAUGCCGGAAUUCAAGGAUCUGAUGGACCACCCGGAUUCGAUGGAAUGAAAGGUUUGAAAGGAGAAGUCGGUUUCAUUGGACGCCGGGGUGAAGACGGCGAUAUUGGACCCAUGGGUUACUUGGGAAGAGACGGUUUGCCAGGCAUGCCAGGUCCUCCUGGAAUCGACGGUGACGUUGGUGAAAUCGGUAAUCCUGGCCCUCCUGGUAGACCUGGCCUGGACGGAAUACCGGGACCUACGGGCACCAAGGGAGAGGCAGGUGACAUUGGCCCGGCUGGUCGUCCGGGAAGUAGGGGACUACCUGGUUACAAGGGUCCAUCUGGAGAUACCGGACCGGAUGGCUACCCUGGACCUCCGGGUGAAAACGCUUUCAGCGGACCUCAAGGCGACGUUGGAGAACCCGGUUUCAUGGGAGAAGUCGGAGCUCCUGGAUUCCCAGGAGUAGACGGACGACCUGGUCUACCUGGUGAGCCGGGAGUAUCCACUGAUGGGCUUCCGGGUCUGCCUGGAUUGCCUGGCGAACCUGGUUACGACGGAUUCAAUGGAGUGCCUGGCCUAAAAGGAGAGAUAGGCGAUAUGGGGCCGGAUGGUUUGAAGGGAAUAAGAGGAGAGUGGGGAUUCAGAGGAAGACCUGGAGCACCUGGUAUUCAUGGUAGGUCUGGUCAAAAAGGAGAACGAGGUCUGUUAGGAACGCCGGGACUUGAUGGUCCUAAAGGUCAAAGAGGAUUGGAUGGCGAUCCUGGUCAAAUGGGUCUGCCAGGCAUGCCUGGUGAUCCGGGUCCUAGAGGAAUACCCGGAUUGAUAGGUGCGCCAGGACCCAAAGGACACGUUGGUGAUCCUGGUCUACCGGCGUUCGGUUCAGCUGAGAAAGGUGAUUUUGGAAAUCCUGGCCUCGAAGGUUCACCAGGUAGAAAAGGAGAACAAGGUGAACCAGGUUUCACUGGAUACGGUGGCAGGAAGGGUGUACGAGGUGAUAUAGGAAUCCGCGGAUUGGAUGGAUUCCCGGGUGUACCAGGGUUCCCAGGUCUUCCUGGUGAUCAAGGACCUCCAGGUUUACCAGGAAUACCUGGCCAGUUUCCUGAAAAGGGAGAAGAUGGAUGGCCUGGACUGGAUGGAAUACCCGGUACUCCAGGAGUUCCUGGCCAGAAGGGUGCUCCGGGUGAAUAUGGACCAAAUGGUCCUAAAGGAAUUCGUGGCGACGUUGGCCGAAGUUUCCAGGGUCCAAAGGGACUCCCUGGCGAUCUAGGAUUACCUGGCUACGAUGGUAAUCCUGGUGCUCCAGGAUUGGAGGGACCACCGGGUCCUUUUGGACCAAAAGGACAAAAGGGUUUCCCCGGAGAAUUUGGACUACCUUCAAUCCCUAUCGCGGGAGAACGAGGGGAACCAGGAUUCCCCGGAAUACCUGGCAGAGAUGGUGUGAAAGGACAGAAAGGCGAAAGAUCAGAAGAUGGUUUCCCAGGACUGGCUGGACUCAAAGGCGAACGCGGUGAGGAAGGAGAACCUGGUUUACCAGGAUUUGAAGGACCUCCAGGACCGAAGGGACCAAAAGGAGAUCAAGGUACAAAUCCAUUCGGAUUUUAUCCAAGAAAAGGCUUGACAGGAGAUGAUGGACCCCCAGGAUUACCAGGUUUCCCUGGACGACAGGGAAUGAUGGGUGAGCCAGGAGAAGAUGGAUUGCCUGGAAGAAUAGGAGAAUCUGGGAUGAUAGGACUUCCAGGUUUACAAGGCCCAGACGGGAAAGACGGAGCUCCUGGCUAUCCUGGACCUCCUGGCGCAAUUGGCCGUCAAGGACUUCCCGGAUACCCUGGAAGCCCGGGAAUUCCAGCACCUCCUUCACCAGGUCCACGAAACAGAGGAUUCUACUUUGCCCGACACUCGCAAUCUGAAAUGAUACCACUCUGUCCACAAAAUACAGUGAAACUUUGGGAAGGCUUCUCGCUAUUACACAUAAUGGGUAAUGGAAGACCAUACGGACAAGAUCUGGGUACGCCCGGAAGCUGCGUUAGGAGGUUCUCCACUAUGCCGUUCAUGUUCUGCAGCAUCAACAACGUGUGCGAUUACGCGAACCGUGAAGAUUACAGCUACUGGCUAAGUACAACGGAACCGAUGCCCAUGUCCAUGGCUCCGAUACCAGCGCCGGAAAUCGGCAGAUACAUCUCCAGGUGUUCCGUUUGCGAGGCUCCGACUCGGAUAAUCGCGGUCCACAGCCAGACCAUGGCUAUACCUCAGUGUCCGGGCGGUUGGGAAGAACUUUGGAUCGGUUACAGUUUCCUCAUGCACCGAGACGCGGGCGCAGGUGGCGGCGGUCAGUCUCUGAUUUCUCCCGGCUCCUGCUUGGAAGAAUUCCGCGCGAGACCGUUCAUCGAGUGCCGCGCUUUAGGCACGUGCAAUUACUUCUCCACUGCCACGUCCUACUGGUUAGCCACCAUCAAGGACUACGAGAUGUUCCGCAAACCGCUACCGCAGACGUUAAAGGCCGAUCACACCUCUCGAGUGAGCCGUUGCGCGGUGUGCAUUCGACGCCGCGUCACCGAAGAUCCGUACGGCAGACCAUUGAAACCGGUCGUGACGAACGGCCAGAAAGAGCAACCCGGUAACAUUCAGUAUCCGCCGCCGCAGCCGCACUACCCGGAUUAUCAAUAUCAUAGAAGACCACCACCAUCGAACAGACCGAGGGGCCCGUACAGGACGCCCGCUCAUUACCGAAGAAGAGGUAGAGUACAUAAAUCGGGUCGAACGACGGAAUCGGUACCAGCUUGAACAACAAAUGCUACGUUGGUACAAGCACGGCUAUAAUCAAUAGACUGUGAACGUUUACGCAUUUACUUGAAUCGAUUAACAAUAAUCUGCUGUGUAACAAUUCGUUUUCCGUGUUUCGUUAGGCUCUAGCAUUUAUUUCUUGUAACUUUUAAACGAAGUUUCAGAUCUUUCAGAGGAGGUCUCAAUACAAGUAAAUACCAAUAGAAAACUUAAAGUCACUUAAAAUUGAUUGAAAUUUUAAUUUUUAAUUUGUAUAAGCGUUCACAGCCUAGCAAUCAGCGGCGUGCGAGAAAGCAGCAAGUCUGCGUGUAUAUAACGAAAUAUUCGAAACACGUUUAGUUAAGUUAUCGCGCCUGUUGCGUGUGGCGUAGCAAAGGAACACGUCGAGGCACGAGUGCAACGACCGAUUUCAUUUUCUUCUUAAUGCCAAAAAUAAUGAGGGCGAAUAUCCUCCAGUGAAACUGCCAAUACGCGACGUCCGUCACGACGGGCGAAAUCGAGAUGAACCUGUCUAACGUUCGAGUUAUAUAAAUUAAUGAUUUAGUAUAUCAUGUAUAUUGCUAUUAUUAUUAUUAUGUAAUAACUUUCUAUGUAUAUGCAUUGAGUCAAAUAAAUGUGUUUUAUAUAGAUAAUUCCUAUUUGCCGAGACGUCGAGUGUUUUGUGUUCAGUGGCUUCUUCCGAGAACUCUUUACUGCCGUUUUGAAAAUAAUACAAUGAAAGCGACGUGUACUUGUAUAUUUUAUGUAUUUAUAUUUAUAAAAUUAUCAGCAACCAACAAAUAGAUUGAGAGAAAUUUAUUCAUCUUACAAUUAGCUUGUGCUUCCUGUUCACUCUUUAGUCAAAUUAAUCGUGAAGGAAUAUAACGUAGAUAGUUUUUACAAGAUAUUUCCUUCAGAGAAUUGACACGGGAGAAAAUGUAAUUGAUAAAGUUUAGUAGGCAAUGAAAAUAUUGAUAGAAUUCAUUUCCCGUGUUACGCCUGGAGCAAUGAGUUGGGAAUAACCAGACCGGAAAGAAAGUGUAACUUCAGCUUCAGAUAACUAAGACCGAAAAAAACUCGUCGGAAGUAGAACGGAUAUUUGCGUAAAAGCUUUCGUUUAUUCUGCUAGGUCUUGUACUCGAAUAUAUUAAAUAAACGAUUAGGUAUGAAAUGCAGGAGGCGUCAUAAAUUUUCAAUAUACACAGCAGAACUUUCAUAGAAUGGAAGUAAAUUUGCUUCAUGCUGAAACUUACGCUGAUUACACAAGAAUAUUUUAUGCUAGAUGCAUAUUAUAGACAAAUCGUAAAGAAUAAUCAUAACGAAAAAUGAACUAUUGCGUUUAGUAAUGGUAAGCCUAUUGUAAUUUUAUAUUUAUGUAUCAAUAUUUUAGAUAAUAAAAUGUAUUAAUUAAUUA